AUGUUGACGGGGGAUGAUUUCGGGGGCUUGCAUACGCGGCAGUUUCAGGGUGAGAAGGAAGGGGGGGAGGCUGAUGACGGGGAGCUGCUGGCGCCGGUGGUCUGCGAUUAUGAUGAUCGUGCCCGUCACCACACCGCUGGGGUGACGGCGAUCUUGCCCCUGUCCGUGGAGGUGGAGGGCGGCGCGCCGGUCGUCCUGACGGGGAGCUAUGAUGAGCCUUACGCGUGUAUCAUGCGACGCGGCGCGGGGAGGUGCUGGCGGAGGCUGGUCCGGGUGACGCGCACGCUGGGGGAGGAUGCCGGAUGGGAGAUCGAGGUGUUGGCGGAGUUUACGGAGCACCAGAGUAUGAACUAUGCAUCGGAUGUGUGGAAGCCGGACGGCGGGUAUGAUCUGCAAGGGAAGGAGACGUCGGAGCUGCUCUGUAUCUCGAGUAGUUUCUACGACCGGAGACUCUGCUUGUGGCGGGUCAAUGUAUAA